AUGGAGCAGCUAGUGAGCAUGGGUUUCCCCAGCGAUUUGGCCGCCGAAGCUUUGACAGCCACCGGCGGAGAUUCAAUCCAGAAGGCCACCGACUGGAUUCUCUCUGACCGCUCUCCCCACCAAAGCCCCGCCGCCACGUCGCAGCCCAAACUCGACCGCUUCCUCCUCCGCCCCAAUUCCAAAGCCCUAAACCCCGCCGCAAAUGAUGACAGUUCCAACAAGCGUCUCAAGCUGUCAUCAUCCAGCCCCCGCCAACACCAGCCGUUAUCGGAGCGUAUGCGUCCUCGCACUCUCAACGACGUGGUAGGUCAAGAGCAUCUCCUCUCACCGGCUUCUCUCCUCCGCUCCGCCGUCGACUCCAAUCGCCUCCCUUCCAUUAUCUUCUGGGGUCCACCUGGAACCGGAAAGACCUCAAUUGCAAAGUCUCUCAUCAAUUCCUGCAAGGACCCGUCUCAGUAUCGCUUCGUCUCCUUGUCUGCGGUUACAAGCGGCGUUAAAGAUGUUAGAGACGCCGUCGAAAGCGCCAAGAAGCUUAACCUGGAAGGUCGAAAACAGACUGUCUUGUUUAUGGAUGAGGUUCAUCGGUUUAACAAGUCACAGCAAGAUUCCUUCUUGCCUGUCAUUGAAGAUGGUAGUAUCCUCUUCAUCGGAGCAACCACUGAGAACCCAUCUUUUCAUUUGAUCACUCCUCUGCUCUCACGUUGUAGAGUUCUUACUCUUAAUCCCUUGAAACCUCAUCAUGUCAAGACUCUUCUUAGACGAGCCGUAGAUGAUGGAGGACUCUCCAAUACCGUUGAGGUUAACGAUUCCACCAUCGACUUCUUGGCUAACAGCUGCGAUGGUGACGCACGCGUCGCCUUGAAUGCCCUCGAAAUCUCAGCCACCAUGGCUACUGCUCGAGCCGGAUCAUCUGGUGGUGUUGUUGCUGUGUCUCUUGAUGAUGCUAAAGAGGCUCUUCAGAGCAAACACUUGGCUUAUGACAAGGCAGGGGAGCAACAUUACAACCUCAUAAGCGCACUUCACAAGUCUAUGAGAGGAGGAGACGCUAAUGCUGCAAUCUACUGGCUAGCUAGAAUGCUCGAAGGUGGCGAGGAGCCGCUUUACAUUGCGAGGAGGCUUAUAAGGUUUGCAAGCGAAGACGUUGGGCUCGCUGACCCUUGUGCUCUUACCCAGGCGGUUGCUUGCUACCAAGCUUCUCAUUUCUUGGGUAUGCCUGAAUGUAAUGUAGUUCUUGCUCAAUGCACCGCCUACUUGGCACUGGCUCCUAAAUCUGUUGCUGUUUACCGAGCAAUAGGAGCUGCGCAGAAGGCUGUCAAGGACUCGGUUGGACAGAAUGAAGGAGUGCCUCUACAUCUGAGAAACGCUCCGACAAAGUUAAUGAAGGAGCUUGGUUAUGGAAAAGAGUAUAUAUAUCCUCCCAAUGAUCCUUCUUCUGCGGCAGCUCAGUCGUAUCUACCUCCGUCUCUUCUGCAUUAUAAGUUCUUGGAAUGGCCGGAAGAUGCUUCAGGUCAUCUUCAAGAUCAAGAACACAGGCUCUAA